GAUGCACAGAGAGAUGCACACAGAGAUGAACAGUAACAGCAGCUGAGCACUUGCUGUAUACCAGGUCUCAGGCCAACUGCCGGUCGGGGACGGGGAUGCUGUCUUAUGGGAGGCUUCAGAGGUGACGUACCCUGCGUGAGGGAGUUAGGCUGCCCACUCAGGCCAACGGAUUUUCGAGUAUGCUGGCCCAGUAUAGUUAGGGGCUGAAAUUAUAAAAGUGCCUAUCAUAUAAUUUUUGUUGGUUUGGCAGCUGUGGGUGCUGUUUUUCCACUGUAACUACAAUCCUGCUGGAAGUGCACAGCAUGGGAAGGUAUUACACAAGCCGCUUCAGCGUUUGCCCCUGGUGGCCACCAUGUGCCUCUUAGAGGCUGCCUGCGCAGCUUUAACAAAGCAACAGAACUGAAGAAAAGAAUGUGUGUUGCUUUCUGGGUAAAAUAUUGUUUUUUAUUCCAGUUUGCUCAUCUUUUAUCCUUUUAGGAUUGUAGCUUUUUAAAAAUGCACCUGUGAUUUAUAUUCCCUUUGAGGGUAAGGUGGAGUCCUGCAUUUCUGGGCCUUCUUCUGUGUCUUGCACACACAGUGCUUCAAAUGAAAAUGCAGUGCAGGUGGGCUGGUGCCCUCACCAGGGUAGCAGAGGCCCAUGCCGGGCUCAGAGUCAGUGGGUGAUAAGGAAGGAGGUAUUGACUGGGGAAUCUGGAAAAGAAACAGGCAGAAGUAGAAUGAGCCAGUUCUCAUUAGUGGGGUGCUCUUGGGGAGAGCAUGGGCUCUACCCAGUGAUUCAGAAGGGGUCUUGAGCCCUCAAAUGAAUUACAUCCUUCAUGCCUAUCACUUGCAGCUCCUCUCUGAGGCAACCAACUCAUCCAGACUUGCUUCUCCUGGCUUUAAAACCCCAAGACUUGCAUCCUGGGAAACCUUUCUGUGCCGGGCAAACAAGGACCAGCUGGCUAUGGAGUUUCACAGCAAGAUGAUUCAAGAGCCUUGUGGUGACCUUGGGGGUGUGAAUGUGGUGACCUGAGCUGCAGUUUCUUCUCUGGAACCCCGGGUUUUUUUUUCAGUGACAGGAUUUGGGAGCCUCCUGAAUGCCAUCGUCCUUCCUACCUGUGGGUGCUGUCGGCCCUGCAUAGGCUUGGGGAGGUCCUUUCUGGCUAAACAAAGCAGGUGCAGAUGGUGCCCCUGCUUCUGGUGGCUGGGGUACAGGGACUGUCCUGAACCUUACGUGCUCCACCUUUUUGAUCUUGGGCCCGUGGCCAUGAAACAGAGAGAAUUUGGAGCCCUAGCCAGAAUGGAGUUGGCCUCACACCUCCACUCCUUGAUUCUAGAAAAAUCAGUCUGGGCCGCCGCAGUGGCGAUUUUUAGUGUGUAUGUGGUGAACAAAGCUGGCGGCCUGAUCCACCGGCUGGACAGCUACGCACCAAGGGCUGAGGCUGAGAAAACUUCCAGUCACCCUCUUGAUCUGCUGCUCAAGCUGCAUGACGAGCGUGUCCUAGCUGCCUUCGGCCAGCACGACACCAUCUGGGUGGGCCACAGGUUGGCCAUCAAUGGCGUGGACGUGAAUGGCAAGUUCAUGGCUGAUGGGAAAGAGGUGCUGGGGUACUUGAGCAAUCCUGCCAAUUACCCGGUGUCUAUUCGAUUUGGCCGACCUCGCCUCACCUCCAAUGAGAAGCUUAUGUUGGCCUCUAUGUUCCACUCACUGUUCGCAAUCGGUUCCCAGCUGUCUCCAGAACAGGGCAGCUCAGGCACUGAGAUGCUGGAGACCGACUCGUGCAAACUGCACUGCUUCCAGACACUGACAGGGAUCAAGUUUGCGGUGCUGGCAAAUCCUAGGCAAGCGGGAAUAGAUUCUCUUCUCCAAAAGAUUUAUGAGAUCUACUCAGACUUUGCCCUCAAGAAUCCAUUCUACUCCCUGGAAAUGCCCAUCAGGUGUGAGCUGUUUGACCAGAACCUGGAGUUAGCCCUAGAGGUGGCAGAGAAGGCUGGAACUUUUGGACCUGGAUCACAGGCUGAGCCUGCAAUGGAUCCCCCACAUUUUGGGAUAUCCUGCAGCAGGGAUCCUGCUGUUUCCGUUCCAAUGGAGAGGCCCACAGCUUUGUUAGUGCCCUUGGAGAUGGGAGGAUGCUGAGCCUGAUGACAUGUACUGAUCCCUGAGCCUUAAUACACGCUCUCUGCGCUCCUGUAUUUCUUGUGGGCUACUUCCCAACUCUGUACAGGUUUAUUUAUGGAGCCAUUAGGCCCAUAAAUGCUAAAUAAAUAAACAUUCCUUUUACCUGGAAAAAAAGAAAAAAGAAAAAUCAGACUGAAACUUAGGCACAUUGCAUAGCACCUGUUCCCCACGUGAUCAUGUGUUUGUUAAGCACUGGACCUUUUCUUUAUUGUCCAGUGAGAGCCAUC